AUGGGACCCUUUGACAACCUAAUAACAAGCAGUGCGUGUAUACACCGCUUCAAGCUGCUGACAGGAGCCGGUUUAGAGAAGUUGUUGGUAACUGAGAUCUCCAGGGUCUCAAGAGAAUGUACAAUAGUGGCUGGUGGACCAUGUUACAUAGAUGCACAAGCCAAUCUAUACCAUCUAUGGAAGCUUAUGCUAGAGAGUCGACUCGCAGAUCAGUUAUGGAUGAACAUAUGUGAGCCUUUCCCUGUACGGCAUGCUCGUACAUUCAUACGUACUCUGAACAAUGCAGAAUGGCGUGGCUUCAUACCAUUCUCCGCAACACUGCCGCUACCGUAUGUGCGUGUAAAUGCCAAGGACUCGGAGUUGUACCAUACGGGGAUGAUCAAGAAGAUGGUCCAUGAGGUCAUCAAAGCUCACCGACACAAAUCAGUACAACUCCAAGGCGACGACCUGCCAGUGAUUCUUAAGCGCAAAGGUCAUCUGCCACUUUGUCCUACCCUAAUGGUCAACUUGGAUGCCGAUAUGUGCGAGGUUUUGGCCAACGCUUCGGGUGACCUGUGGGAACGCCCGUGGACAUCGACUUCCACAUUAGACUCACGUAUACGGCCAUCGGCAGUAUCAGCUAUCGCACUAAGGAUCGAUUUGGUCAAACAGCUCACAGAGAAUAACAUCAACACCAUAUGGGACCCGUUGUGCCACAACGGAACGUUGUUAUUGGAGCUCUAUUCACUUCUCAAUGGUCAUAGACUAAGGCAUAGGGGUCAUAUAUAUCCGCUAAGCAACUUCCCACUUAACUCACGAGAUGCUUACGAGGGUGCCAUGGAGUCGUAUGCUAACGAUGGCUAUGUUGGUCGCCCAUUACGCCUCUUGGGAACGGACAUCUUUGAUGGACAUGUGGAUGACGCUGUAUCUUGCUUGCAGCAAUAUCGCAAAACAAUGACACACGCAGAACGGAGAAAUGAUCCGCCAGAUGCAAAGGGCGGGUCACUUGUAUCGGUUACUGAGGGUGAUAUUUCCUUGGAAUUUUCAAACAUGCCAUUAGAGGACGUGGAGGUGGAUUGCAAAAGCACACUUAUAUUGACAAACCUCUAUUAUGGCAAUAAGCAAAAGCACAAGCAGUAUAUGCAUGCCCAAAAGAGGCUUGAAAUUUUCCUAGCAAAAGCGCCUAGUUCAAUCCUGCAAAAUGUAUAUGUAGUGGCAACAGACAGCUUGAGACGGCGUUCACGCUUCGAAUGGGAAUCUGAAUUAAAUUUUAACAACGGAGGUGUACUGGUAUCGUUGCUGAAGCUAGGGGGUGUUAAAACAUGA